AUGCGAGUGCUCAUGUGGUUCCGUCGCGACCUUCGUCUGCACGACAACUUGGCGCUCCACGAAGCGCUUGCGCUCAUCCAACAACAGCAGCAGCAGACGGAGGAGACGGAGACUGGUCCCGUGGAAUUCCUCCCGCUGUACAUCGUCCAUCGGCCCCAGAUCAUGCGCUGCGGAGCGAAUCGCUUCCAGUUUAUGCUCGAGAGCGUGUCGGACUUGCGCGACGCGUUGGAGGCGCGUGGGUCGCGUCUCAUUGUGGCCAGAGGCGACAGCCUCGAGGUGCUGCGUCGACUGUUGCCGGCCUGGAGCGUUACACACUUGUACUUGGACGCUCUCUAUGAGCCAUUCGCUGUCGAGCGCGACCGUCGCGUCCUGUCUUUAGCCAAACGUCUCAAUGUCCAGACGCACGUGACAAAUGGGUACAACCUGUACGAUCUUGACGCCGUGAUCGCUCACAACCGAGAUGCAGCUCCAAAAACGUACCGUGCUUUUCUAAAAGCCGUGGCGUCGCAGCCAUCGCCGUCUCUACCAUUGGAGACGCCAAAGAAGUUGCCAGCACCGGAGAGGACGCACCGUGAAUUGUACGGACAAGUGGAAGAGUAUUGGAAAAGUCACGCAAAAGAACGUGGCACAGAAGAGCAGGACGAAAAUAUGGCACCGUUGGAAGACAUAGCGGGCCCGGAGCUGGAGUUUGAUCUCCCUGAAGCGGCGGCAUUUGGGUACACGGUGCCGGAGAAACACACAUUUCUGUACGGAGGAGAGCAUAACGCUCGACGGAUUCUUGACGACUAUUGUCGGGACGAAGACCGUGUCGCCAAGUUUGAGAAGCCGAAGACGUCUCCUGCUCAGACAAGUCCAAGUCCGUCGACGACAACGUUGAGCCCGUACUUGUUUUUCGGAUGCCUUAGUCCGCGCACCUUCUACCAUCAAGUACGAGCGAUUCAAAAGAAGCACAAGAAAGCGUCAGUGCCACCUGUAAGCUUGGACGGACAACUUCUGUGGCGAGAAUUCUACCAUUGCCAUGGCCAUGCCAACCCGUAUUUCGACAAGAUGGAGGAGAGCCCUACCUGUCUGCAGGUAAACUGGCGAUUGCAUUCUAUUCCAGAAAGAGAAGACGAUAUGACGGACGACGACAAGCUCGCUCGUACUCAGUUUGAAGCGUGGAAAAACGGGCAGACGGGGUUUCCGUGGAUAGAUGCCAUCAUGAUCCAGCUAAAGGAGGAGGGCUGGAUACACCACUUGGCACGUCAUUCGGUGGCCUGCUUCCUUACACGUGGUGACUUGUACAUUUCGUGGAUACGUGGACUCGAGGUUUUUCAAGAACGGCUCAUUGAUCACGACUGGAGCCUAAACGCUGGCAACUGGCUGUGGCUCAGUAGCAGCUACUUCUUUACGGCGUACUUCCGUGUGUACUCUCCGAUAUCCUUUGGAAAGAAAUAUGACCCGGAAGGUCUCUAUAUCAAAAAGUAUAUUCCAGCGCUCAAAAAGUUGCCAGCCAAGUACAUUUACGAGCCGUGGAAAGCUCCGCAAAGUGUACAGGACGCGUCGGGUUGUCACAUCGGCAAAGAAUAUCCUGCUCCCAUCGUAACUCACAAAACAGCUAUGGACAGAUGCUUGGACGGGAUGAAGAAGUCCUUUGCCAACAAGCAGUAUGGUAGACCACCGAGCUCCACGCGGAAGCGUCAGCGUGAAGAGUGA